AUGACUUCAAUUUGUCGGAAAGGGCUCGCAAGAUUUUCUGCCUAUUUGAUUUUUGGAAAAUGGAAGGCGGGAUCUUCUGCUUCUUCUGUCCAUGAAUUUUCCUGUCGGUUCAGGGUUUGUCCAAUCGGAGCCGCUCACCGGAUGAGCACGGUGGCCGACACCGUGAUUUCAGAUCCCACAGAACAAAAGAUUGCAUCUUUAGCAUCUCCUUGGUUGAUGCUGCCUCCCGUCUUCGAAGGCGCCCCCAACGCCGCCCCAACCAUGCGUUACAAGUUCUACAGCCUCUCGGAAGACAGAGUGGUGUCUACAGCCGCGAAAAAGGAUUUCAUGGGAGACAUGAUGGAUAUUGUGGGCUCUUCUCACGGUUGGCUUUCCCUGCUCAACCCCAACACCCUAGACAUGUUCCUCUACAACCCCAUCUCCGGCUGCUACGUAAAGCUUCCCCCAAUUAACAACCUGCUGGUUGCCUCCCGCUACAGCUCGAUGUGUGUGGAUAAGGUAAUCCUAUCAUGCUCUCCGGAUGAUGAUGAACAAAAUUGCCGUGCCAUUAUGACUUACAAUUGCCCCGCUGUGAUGGCCUACUGCUGCCCUGGGUCCAGCAAGGAGUGGACCUGUAUUGUGGAUGGGGAGAUAAGCACCAAUGUCGGUUGGUACAAGAAUUGUGUAUAUUCCAAAGAACAUCAACUCUUGUUUGCCCUCACCAGCUCUUUUGACUUGGUGUCUUGGGACCUUGGGGACCCUCUGUCCCCGAGUCUUGUUGACUACCGGAAAAUGGAUUUUCCGGAGGAAAAGAAGCUGUGGCGUCCCAAAGACCUGACAUGUGAGUCUGUGGAGCAUCUGGUGGCUGCUGGGGAGGAUCUCCUCUUGGUGACUCAGUAUGUGCUGAUGAGCGUGCUCCCCGACGGUUUGUAUAUUGACACGAAUAACGACCCCACCGGCUCUAUCUACGAACAAGGCUUUCCAUAUAUGACUAUUGAUUUUGAUGUUGAGAGAUAUGAUCCUGCCACUGCGGGCGUUGAGUGCGUGGAGGAUUCGUUCCUGGGUGGGUGGGCUCUGUUUGUUGGCUACUACAGCCAUGCAGUUGCUUUGCCAGUGGCCCAUUACCCGGAGGUUGUCAAGCCCGGAUCCAUUUACUUCACUGAUGUUUUGAGGCCUUGGAUUGGAUUUGGUGAAUAUCCAUGUGGAGGCCAUGACGUUGGCAUUUUCAGUUAUGAAAGCAAGACGGUGUCUUCGUGCUACUGUCCAUGUGAUGCUCAGAGCUUGAAAAAGAUUUCCCCGGGACCUAUGUGGUACUUCCCAAGUCCCGGCUGA